CAAACGUAUAUGAUGCACCAGUAAUUCGAUAAGCAUACAACCAUCGACAUCGAUUAUAUUUUAAUUAAUUAAAAAAAAAACUUAUACGUCCUGGUAGCCGACUUUUAAAUAUCGAACACUAAAAAAUAGUAAUUGUUAAAUAAAAAAAAAUUGUGAGUGAAUAAGACUGUGAAAAAUUAAAACUUGGACACAAUUAGUUGGAAAUGUUAAGCGGGAAGAUCUUAUUGUGUUUUGUAUUAGUUGCUGCGUGGCGUGAGUCGGCCAGUCUACCAGUGCUGCCUGCACGUAUAGGCGAGGACAGCGAAAUCGGUACAGUUCCAGAGGUGCGGAUACCGGUGGAGAUGAUGAGGGAAGGGGUGCCGCCGCCUCUGUGCGCGGCCAGGUGCGUGGCCCCAUCCGCAGGGCCAGUGUGCGCCUUCGAUGCAACCGGCACCGCUAGGACCUUUUCUACGUUAUGUGAACUAGAAGCUGCAUCGUGUCGCGAGAGUACAUAUUACGCGAUCACGAGCCUGGGCGUAUGUUGACCGAAAUUUAAUGCUUGAGUUUUUAUUUUAGUGUAAGUUUAUGUACCGCUAAUUAACGCUAAUGGGCGCUUCGAACAAUUGCCUGGAACUUACUUGAUGUUUUAGAAAAUCUAGUCCAUAAAUUCUUACAAUAGGAAUACUUAAAUUUGACCUUGGAUUUGUGAGAAAUAGAUCAAAAUUAUAGGUAGCUAAGAUUGACAUUUCUUCUGUAAAAAGGUUAAAGUAUAAAAAUUAUAAUAUAUAAUAUAUUACUGUUUGAUUAAUCAUAAUCCUUACACAGUUAUAGAACCUAUGUAUAAGAAUUUACGGCUGGAUUCUGACAGAUAAAACAAACCUUUGGCAAAUAUUAGAACAAUGAUAUAGUAAUUGGCAGUAUUAGGUACUUACAUCAUUAUUAUAAUUUAAAAAUCUAACCUACAAUCAAUAUAAAUAUUUGAAAUGUUCCAAAAAUUAUGUAAUAUUGGUAUUUUUCAAUUAUAACUAGUAUGAAUUAUAAUAAUUUAAGUAAUGUAACUUACAUAAUUAUGAUAUAUUAUUAUUAUACUUAGUAUAACUUAAAUCUAUAAUGUUAGAGUUUAAAAGGAGUAAAUAAAACAUCGUAGUUCGUGUCAAGUUAGUAAAUUAUAGAUUAUUUAGUUUUAAGGCUUUGGUUGAAGAGUUCCUAAAAUUCUAAAUUAAUUUUUAUUUAUACGAAAUUGUUUAAGUUAGAUUCGAAAGGCAAAUUCUUUUUCCUUAUUUGGUAAAUUAUUUUGAUGUGUUUGUAAUAAUAAUACCAAAGUCCUCUGUAUAACUAAAUAUAUUCUUAGUAUGUACCUACGUUAAGUUGCAUAAGUUAUAGUUCUUAUUUAUUGUACAAAGUACGAAAAUAAUUUUCUUAAAUGAACCGUGUUCCAGUUAAAACCGAUAUUGUCAUUAUAAUAGACAAAUUAGUUAAAUAAAGAAUUCGUAAAUAUA